AUGGCUAGUAAAGAAAAUAAAAGUGUUGAAACUGGCACUAGCGAUUUACCUGGACCUAGUGACCCACCAGUUAUAAAUGAAGAAGAGAAAAAAGUCAACGAUAUGUUAAAAAAUCGCUUAAGAAAAUAUAUUAAAAAAUUGGAUGAUACAAAUACAAGUACAACUAAAGAAGAGAGUGAAAAAGUGGAAUUAGAAACAUUUAAACAGUUAUAUAAACCAAAACUCGAAGGAGAUAAGGAGACUUACAAAAAAAUACCCAAAUUUUACUUUAAGUUACCUCGACCUGAAGAUGUCUUAGCACAAAAAUUAAGAGAAGAAACAAGAGCUCAAUUUUUACAAAAGAAAAGUAAAGAGUUGUUAGAUAACAGUGAAUUAAAAUUUUUAUGGAGCCUUCUUGAAAAAUCAAAUGGUAGUUAUAGUAUGGCGAAUAGUGAUGAGCUUACUGUUGAUUAUUUACAGUUCAAAAAGAUUAGAGAAGAAGCUGGCCCUAAGUAUAGCCCAUAUUUUACUGCAGAAGUCUUUGGUCGCCUUCAAGCAGCAGAAGGAGGAGUUGGGAGAAUAAGGGGGGUGUCUUUAUUUAACUAUGUGAUGCGUCGGGUUUGGUUGCAACAAACUAGAAUUGGACUGUCCCUAUAUGAUGUCACUGGGCAAGGAUAUCUUACUGAACAUGAUUUAGAAAGCUACAUUGCAGAACUUGUACCAUCUUUAGCUGCAUUGGAUGGUUUAGAUUCAUCGUUCACGUCAUUUUACGUGUGCACGGCGGCGAGGAAGUUCCUGUUCUUCCUCGACCCUCUGAGGGUCGGCCGGGUCAGGAUCAGGGAUGUGCUGUCCUGCUCUUUCUUGGAUGAUUUGCUGGAGUUACGUGAAGAAGAUCUGCCCAUGGAACUGCAAGAGCAGAACUGGUUCAGUGCGGCCUCCGCGUUGCGUGUGUACGGACAGUACCUCAACCUGGACAGAGAUCACAAUGGAAUGCUUAGCAUUAAUGAGUUGGCUGGUUACGGUUCAGGAACACUAACAAGGGCUUUCCUCCAGCGAGUGUUCCAACAGUGUCUCACGUAUGAUGGCGAGAUGGACUACAAGACUUACUUGGAUUUAGUGCUGGCGUUAGAGAACAGGCGGCAACCGGCUGCCUUGGCAUAUCUGUUCAGAGUUCUAGAUAUCAAUUCUCAGGGAUAUUUGGAUGCUUUCACACUGAAUUAUUUCUUUAAGGCGAUACAAGAGCAAAUGGUGGCGCACGGCGCCGAGCCCGUCAACUUCGACGACGUGAAGGACGAGAUAUUCGACAUGAUCCGCCCCGCGCACCCCGCGCGCAUCACGCUGCACGACCUCGUGCGCAGCGGACACGGACACACCGCCGUCUCCAUCCUGCUCGAGCUGCACGGCUUCUGGGCGUACGAGAACCGGGAGGCGUUGGCCGCGGCGGGGGAUCACGCU